CUGUCGCCUCCGAGAGACAGAGUGAUACAAGAGCUGGGAGGCGGCUCCGGUACGGACCUCGGAGAGCCCGGCCGCCAGUCCGCGAGCCAGUCUCGGUCCCCGCGGCCCGCCGAGGCUCAGAGCCAUCCUGCGACCCGGCGAGCGGCCUCAGGCCCUGCCAUGGGGAAGACCAACAGCAAGCUGGCCCCAGAGGUGCUGGAGGACCUGGUUCAGAACACCGAGUUCAGCGAACAGGAGCUGAAGCAGUGGUACAAGGGCUUCCUGAAGGACUGCCCCAGCGGCAUCCUCAACCUGGAGGAAUUCCAGCAGCUGUACAUCAAGUUCUUUCCCUAUGGCGACGCGUCCAAGUUUGCGCAGCACGCCUUCCGCACCUUCGACAAGAACGGCGACGGUACCAUCGACUUCCGGGAGUUCAUCUGUGCCCUUUCGGUCACCUCUCGCGGCAGCUUCGAGCAGAAACUCAACUGGGCCUUUGAGAUGUACGACCUAGACGGCGACGGGCGCAUCACGCGCCUGGAGAUGCUGGAGAUCAUCGAGGCUAUCUACAAGAUGGUGGGCACUGUGAUCAUGAUGCGCAUGAACCAGGAUGGGCUCACACCCCAGCAGCGUGUGGACAAGAUCUUCAAGAAGAUGGACCAGGAUAAGGACGACCAGAUCACACUGGAGGAGUUCAAGGAGGCGGCCAAGAGUGACCCGUCCAUUGUGCUGCUGCUGCAGUGUGACAUGCAGAAGUAGAGGCUGGUGAGGGGCAGGGCCCCUGGCCAGGAGGGGCGUGGCCACCUCCCAACCUGAUGACCUCUCAGGGGGAGGGGUACUCUAGCCUCACUCUCUGGCCCACCCACCCCUCUGCCCAAGCCCUUGCUCCCCUCAGUUGAGAUCCUUGAGGGACCACCUCACCCUGGAAAAGAGACAGAUCCUCGGGUAUUCUGUGGUCUAGCCCCACCCCGUCUUGGCCCAGAACCAGCAUCCUCUGGGCAUAGGGAGAUGGCUUUUGCCCCAAGAGGCAGGAUCGAGGAAAGGGGGCUGCAGGUCUGCUUUGAAAUUCUGUUCCUCCUGGGAUUACGCUUUACAAGAUGUGAUCUCACAGAUCCCAGUUAAAGGGCCAAAGUGGGUCUGUCCUUUGCUGAGGACCUAAAUUCCUUGAAGGUGGUCUCUGCCCUGCCCCCUUGACUCUACCUGGCCCCUCCGGCCCCAGCCUGUGGAGCGUUCAUUCAGUCCUUUCUUCACCUAACGUUUAUUGAGCACCUGUUUAAUGCCAGGCAUCUCUGGGUGCUAAGGUUAUGGUAGUUUACAAGACACAUUCUGUGCCCUCUGGAAGCUCGUAAGGGAAGAGAGGCAAACGUCCAGUGGUCAGAGUCUCAGCUGGAAGCAUGGCACACAGCUGAGCAGCGGGCGUGCUGAGGCCAGUUAGUUUGAAAGGAACCAUGAAAUACCUUCAGCUCACCUCCACCCGGAGCUGCAGAGGGAUGAAAUGAAAGGUAUUUAGAAGUCUAGGAACAGUUGUGAGUGGAAGGUUUAAGAAACACUGAUAUUUGUGUAAUACUUAUUUUUUUAGUACCCUUUAAAAGAGCUAAAGUCAUUUUAUUAGUUUAGGAUAUUAAAACAUACUUUAUAUUACUUGGUUUCUUGUAAAAUGAUUAAAUGAAUAUAGAAAAUGCUAACUUGGGGAGUGGUGGGGAGGGAGAGCUGAGAAAAAACGAGGGAAAAUACCAGCAAACUUACCAAAUAACACCUCUUAUCAGACUAAGUCCUGAGGCGUCACCAUCAGCAGCUUCUGCUGCUUCCUUUUUCAACUCGGUGGGCAGCUCUCUCUCAUCGUGCACUUGCUCUGGCUGGAUGCUGACUGCGGAAACAGAAAAAAACAAGGUUUGCUAAGAGUGAGACAAGUGUAUCUUCUACAUCUUGGUAGUUCCUUUCUGGAUUAGGUCUUGUUUCAAGGAUGGGCUUGUUCUUUCUGCUACCAAAGCAGAAGAAGCUACAGCCACUGUUUAGGUUGCCAGACUGCAUUAAUGGACCAAAUGCCUCAAGUGCUGGGGAUGUGCUCCAUUUGUAAGGCUCUUCCUAACCCCAAAUCCUCACUGUGCCAGGUAAAUUCAUCAUCUUCCAGGUGUACUGGCUUUGCUUUCUGCUUUUCUGAUUUUGGGUUAGUGAGCUCUACAGCUGCAUGCUUUGACUGCCAGAAAACUUAUCUUGCUUCUUCAAGCAUUUCACUUUAUUUUCUCCUGUACUUGUGAUCAGAAAUUAGCUUUGAUGUGCAGUGGCAGUUUUCCUCUUGAGCUGCUGGUGAAAACAGUCUUGUACACAGGUGCUGUCAGCCCAGGGUGGGAGCCGGGAAUGAUUGAUUGCUGAGUCAGCGGGGUGGGAUUGUAUCUCCGGGAAAGAGGAAAGGCAUGCCUCUUCUGGGGGCUCACCUGUCCUCCCUCUCUGAAAGUGGAAGCUCUUGGGGCUGCUGACCUUUGGUCCCAAGCUCUAUUGGACCUUCCUUCUUGCUGCCCUUGAAGGUAGCAAGGCCACUUAGUUGCCACUCUCUUUCUGUCUUAUGCCUAUGACCAGCCAUGUGGUGAGGCUGGGAAUUUACAUCCUCAGGCAGGAACCAGCAGGUUUUUAUCCAGUAAUGCCUCAAGGAAUGUUCCAUUGCUCUGAGGAGCGGGUCAUUAGGCGUAUCUUGCGCUACUAGUCAGCACCACAGAUACAUAGAUGCUUAACAGCUUGGCUGAGCUGAGACUGCCAGACUUUUUACCAAGUGGGGUUCCCAUCCCCCAAAUGUUGAAUCUAACCUGAUAUAUAAUCGCACAGAACUUCACAGCUUUCAGACGCUUGCUUGAUCUGCUCGAUCACAUUGUAUCCUCUGGCCUGGGGAAAUAGAGAUUUUCAUUCCCUUUCUCCAGACUUGGGAAGUGAGGCACAGAAAGGGGGGCUGCCCUUGUGCAAGGAGGGUGGCACAGGCCAGGACUUGAACCCAAGGCUUUAAGAGGGUUUUGUCCUUCAGAGUCUCUCCCUUCUCAUCUCUCUGACUCCGAGUCAUACCAAGUUGACUGUGGGGCAAACCAAGUUAGUUUUGGUCUUUGACAAGCUUCCUGCCAAGAAGUUUCUGAGGCAGUGGUCUUCCAAAAAGAAAUAGGAUGUUGGCUGAACUCCUGACAUUUUCAAGCAUCUUGUUGUCUGCUUCUGGGCAGCUCUGCCAGCAGGUCAGUGCUGUCCUGGGAUGCCUCUGACUAAGCACCCUAGAAGCAUCUUGCUAUAUCUUUACCACCAUAUUCCUCCCUAAGAGAACAGUUUCUGUUUUUCUCCAGCAGGUGGGCAAGUCCUAUCUGUGAGAGCAUGUUUGAUCACCAAGAUUUGGACAUAUCCCAUGGCCAAAAAUUCACACCCAGCGGUGUGAACACAUAAAGCCAGGCUGGGAACUGAGACCAACAUCUUGUUGAUGAGAGGAGACACAGGCAGGCCAGAUCUUGCUCCCACAUGCUCCUGGAUGUCCCAGGGACUGUGUGCUCAGGGACUCCUGUGGUAGAGCACUGGCCCUCCCUUGAGAAGAGAGGCAGGCCUCUGAUCUCCGUGCCAGCUCUGAGGGACUUGCCAUAGAGCACAUGGUAAGGAGACAUUGAAUUAUGACUGACAGAGACAAAAAUAUACAGAGAGUGAAAACAAUGAUACAUUCAAACUCUCCUUUUGAAGUUUUAUAUCUUCUUGCAGCAAGUCUGAAUAUAUAUGAAUUAAAAGGUUCUAGAAUCUACCUCCUAACUGCAUUCUGUCCUUCAUCCUUUUGGACCAACUGAUGAGCCGCUUAUUUCUUAUCUCUAAAAACCAUCAGCAGGGUCCACUUCAGAUGGCUGCUCUGGUCCUUUCAGCUGUAGUCAGGGUUCUGUAACUUACCUUUAAAUCAAAAGUUAAGAAGAUAGAAGCCCAUAAGCAAAGGCACUUAAUCUUUUACUGACAGUUUCUAGAGGUAGAAAUUCAUCCUGCUGCAGAGAGAGAGAGAGAGAGAGAGAGAGAAGGAGGCAAGGGAAGAGAAAGGAAAGAGAAUGAGAGAACAGCUGGGGUUUCUACACAGGGUAGUAAGCUGACACUGUAGAUAUUUUUACACAAAAAAUUUACUAAAACAACAAUUUUCCUGAAGAUCUGCCCUGGGUGAGGUUUUGUUCUGACUUUAGAGAUCACUGUGUAAGAAAGAAUAUAGUUCUUAUGUAUUUUAUCAUUUUUGAAGAAAAAUCUUUCAAAUCCUAUAAUUGUGAAGAAGUCUCAGAAUAAUAUGGAAUUUUCUUUCUGAAAUUUUCAAGGUUUUUCUUUUACCUUUGCCAGAAGGUGGGGCAGAACUGGGCCUCCCAGGGCAUAUGGCCCUUCCUGCUUGGUGGAGGCUGUGGGGGUAUAGAGGCCUGGGGGGAAGGGGGAGCUGGGUGCCAGAGGGGGGGCAUCCCAACUCAUUCUCUAGUGUGGCCCCUGUCCCUUCCAUAUGUGCUGCUCCUGGCUGUGGCUGCAGAGACUAUCUUCACUGUUCAACCCUGUGCUGUAUGGUGUGUUUGUCACUGACCGUGAAUAAAGGUGUGACCAUGC